AUGGAUCAUGGAUCAUGGAUCAUGAAUCACCUACGCCAUCCGUUCGAAUUAGCCGUUGACACAAAAUCAGAGUCAGCACCCGAUCCGAAUGGGGAUUACAAUGGGCAUCGCAAUGGCGAAGGCAACUUAAUUCCACUAGCCAAAGCGGAAUAUUUGGUGUCCACUUUCCAUUCCGCAGAAAGCCUGGACGAUAUGCUCCAUGAGCUUGGGGACGAUCUAAAGAAAGAGUUCCGCAAGUUUGCGGCCAAAACGAGACGUGGCCAGCGCAACGAUGCUACUGUCCUAGAUGUAUUCCGACCAUCUCGACUUCAGGGGCUUAGGGACAGUGGGCAUGUGCAUUUCGGGCUCGGGGAUGCGCUGCAGUCUGCUGGUUUGAAGAAGAGGGAGGGGAAGAUUGAGGUUAUCAAGAAGCUGGAAUACCCGUCUAACGCUGCUCAGCUGGAGGCUGGCCUAGGGCUGUUCGGCUAUUACCGCAAAUACUGCCUUGGCUACUCUUAUGUCGUAGAACUGAAAUCUGUGUAA